AUGCAUCAAAAACCCCAGGUUCACCGAGGUAAAUGCAUCAAAAAGGGACAUAUUUUAGCGGAUGGUGCUGCUACAGUUGGCGGCGAACUCGCUUUGGAUAAAAACGUAUUAGUAGCUUAUAUGCCAUAUGAAGGUUACAAUUCUGAAGAUGUUGUACUCAUUAGUGAGCGCCUGGUUUAUGUAGAUACAAAAUCUCCCUCCCAUGGAUUCUAUCUCUCUUCUUCUCUCUCCUUAUCCACUCUCCUUGAAACCUUCAUAGACCCACCAUCUCCAAACCCUUCUCUCACUUCUCAAACCACAACCCACCACACUCCACAAUUCAACCUUCUCAACUCUAUUCACUCUCACUCUCCGCAAUCCGAACGCGUCCUCCCAAUGCAUUAG